UUGUGGUCACUUUACUUUCUAGUUACACAUGGAUAUAUAUUAACUUCACGUCUUGUCAAUAACAUAAAAAGGACAUGCUUUGAAGACAAUUCAGCACAACUCCAUGAUAACAUGGAACUAUCUAGGCGAUUAAAUUAUCAUUGGAAUUCAAUUGCCGUGACACUAUCUAGGCGAUUAAAAAAUCUUUGGAGCACUAUAGUGAUAUUUUUAAUAGCUUGUUUACUAGUUACUUUGACUUUGGAUUCCUUAAAUAAACAAAAAAUUUUCUUAAAAUUCAACGUGUUUUCAAAAAAUCAUUCAAACAGAUCAAAUGAAUUUCAGGGAUGGAAAUAUGAGGAAAAAUACUGCCAAAACAAAAGACAACAUACAAGCGUCGAUGACAUUCUUUGCAUGAAACCAUUUCAGUAUUUGCCAAACUUUAAGAACCCCUGCUGGAAAGAUGUGAACCAUACCAUUAAAUGUCUUCCAUAUUUUAUGUUAAUUGGGAUGGACAAAUCUGGAUCAUCAGAUCUUUUCGAUAGAUUAAUAAAACAUCCUGAAAUUAAGGGGAACACUGGGUCGCAAGGAAAAGAAACAAUGUGGUGGAGCUGGAGAAGAUAUGGUUUAUGGUUAACACGGAAAAUAAAACGACAAAACCUUAAUGAUUACACAUCCUACUUUGACGGGUCAGCAGCACAUAUAAGCAACACUACAAAUGAUCAAGGAUAUCAUAACUUGAUAGCAGGUGAUGGCACUCCAAUGGACAUGUGGGAUUUUAGAGGAUGGCCACAGAUACCACAAAACCUGAAUAAAUCUGAACCUGAAAUUCUUACUCCACAUCUUAUAAGACAUCUUUAUCCAGAAAUGAAAUUUAUAAUUAUUUUACGAAAUCCAAUAGACAGAUUAUACUCGGAUUAUUUUUUUCUAAAACUUGGUAUACCAACACGUGCUGCCUUUGAUGUUGCUGUCAAUUCUUCUCUGCAGAUCCUUAAUGAAUGUAAUCGUGUAAACAGUCUCCGGAAAUGCUUGUAUGAUGCAAAACUACAUUAUAAAUGGGAUAACAAGGCUCGGAUACAUUUGGGAUUCUACUAUGUAUUUUUGUUAGAAUGGUUUAAAGUUUUCCCUAGAGACCAGUUCAUCAUUUUAAGGACAGAAGAUUAUUCUAAAGAUAUGUCCUACCACAUGUCAAAACUGUAUAAAUUUCUGGGAGCAGGUGAACUAAGUAUGAAGCAAAUGAAAGAUUUGGGAAUUCUGUCAAGGGAGCAUAAACAUAGAACAAAAGAAAAACAGAAAGUUGCACCAAUGUCAAAUGUAACUAGAGAUAAACUAUUGAAUUUAUAUACGCCAUUCAACAAUGCGCUGUCAGUUAUGCUGAAUGAUUCGCGUUUUCGGUGGUAAGACAUUCAACAGAAACUUGAAAUGGACACCAAAGAUCUCGUUUAUUUCAUAGCGAGCUGGCAUUAUUUAUGGAAUAUCACGAAGCUGAGUUAGUGGAAAUGCUGCAAGGUUGUUUUUUUUGGGGGGGGGGAGGAAGAGUGACACCAUUGGAAUUGUUUUUUUUUAUCUAUAAUUAGAUAUUUGCAAUUUCUGUGGAAAGACAUGAGAACUGUAUCUAAUUUAUUGUAUGCCAUUAUAUUGGUAAGUUAUGUGUUGUUUGCUUGUUAUAGCGCUUGAUAACUUUAGUUUUUAUUAUUAAAUUUGUUUUAUUA